AUGGAGGAUUCAGUGGUCAUCCUUCAAGAUAAAAGUUGCAAGUUCUCCUAUCAUACUCAGGAAGAGCCUGUUGUCACUGCAGCCUCGGGAGCUUUGCUUGUGGGAUUUUAUUGGCUCUGGAAAUGAUUAGCACUUCCUGGCUUUCAGAAAGUACCCACAUGUCUCAAGGUGCCUUAUUUGCCCUGUAGAACACAGACCCAGAAUGCAAUGAAAGUACUGCAUGGGAGAGCAGGGUGUCUGGCAGAUCUGGGCUCUGGGGAUGGGUGGCUGCUAUUUUCUGCCACUGUAGAGGAUUUCCAGUGCACUGGCUUUGAAAUCAAUUCCAUCCUAACUGGAUAUGCCAGAAUCAAAGCAUUGUGGAAGGGAAUACCUCCCAGCACAGCAAGUUUUAUAAACCAGGACUUUUGGAAGACCGAUUUUUCCAAAUAUAACAAUGUGACUGUUUUCUUGGCACCUGGUGUGAUGGAGGUGUUGAGUAAAAAACUAGAGAAAGAGUUACCUGAUGAGGCUCGUGUGAUUGCCGGUCGCUUCCCAUUUCCUGACUGGGCUCUUAUAAUCACUGGGGGUGAGGGACUGGACUAGACAUGGGCAUAUGACAUGAGCACCGUACAGAAGCUUUCAACACAAGCUAUAAGUAGAUGA